AUGGUUGAUGAAACAUGGACAGUGGUGGCAAACAUGAUUGAGGGUACAAGUGAAAUAUUUCACAAAUUUUGUAUGGUUGAUUUCACACGUUUAUAUAUAACAUGCGGCAUGACUCAAUUUUUGCUUGUGGACAACAAAUUUUCUAAUUGCCUUCAAAUUGAACUUAACGAUAAACCGUAA